AGUCAGUCCUCCUUCGCUUCAGCUCCAGUUCUCCUCAUGAGCCAUCCCUAAACGCAGACACCAUGCUGUCCCUGAGGGUCACCUGCCUCAUCUUGAGCGUGGCCAGCACAGUCUGGACUACAGAUACCGAAGAUAAAGGUGAAUUCCUAUCAGAAGGAGGAGGAGUACGUGGCCCAAGAGUUGUGGAGAGACAUCAGAGUCAAUGCAAGGACUCAGACUGGCCCUUCUGCUCUGAUGAUGACUGGAACCACAAAUGCCCUUCAGGCUGCAGGAUGAAAGGGUUGAUUGACGAAGCCAACCAGGAUUUUACAAACAGAAUCAACAAGCUCAAAAACUCACUAUUUGACUUUCAAAGGAACAACAAGGAUUCUAACUCACUGACCAGGAAUAUCAUGGAGUAUUUGAGAGGGGACUUCGCGAAUGCCAACAACUUUGAUAACACUUAUGGGCAAGUGUCAGAAGACCUGAGGCGCAGAAUUGAGAUCCUGAGGCGAAAAGUCAUAGAGAAAGCGCAACAGAUUCAAGCUCUGCAGAGCAAUGUCCGGGCUCAGUUGAUAGACAUGAAGCGCCUGGAGGUGGAUAUUGAUAUCAAGAUCCGCUCUUGCAAAGGGUCCUGCAGCAGGGCUGUAAACCGUGAGAUAAAUCUACAGGACUAUGAAGGUCACCAAAAACAGCUUCAACAGGUCAUCGCUAAAGAAUUGCUUCCUACAAAAGACAGGCAGUACUUGCCAGCACUAAAAAUGUCUCCAGUUCCCGACUUGGUUCCCGGAAGUUUUAAGAGCCAGCUUCAGGAGGCCCCUCCAGAGUGGAAGGCAUUAACAGAAAUGCGGCAGAUGAGAAUGGAGCUGGAGAGACCUGGGAAGGAUGGGGGUUCGCGAGGAGAUUCACCAGGAGACUCGCGGGGAGAUUCUAGAGGGGACUUUGCAACACGUGGACCAGGGUCAAAGGCAGAAAACCCCACGAACCCUGGACCUGGUGGAUCUGGGUAUUGGCGUCCUGGGAACUCCGGGUCUGGAAGUGAUGGAAAUCGGAACCCUGGGACCACGGGGUCUGAUGGCACUGGAGACUGGGGUACCGGAAGCCCUAGACCUGGCUCAGACUCUGGGAACUUUAGGCCUGCCAACCCUAACUGGGGUGUGUUUUCAGAGUUUGGAGACAGUAGCAGCCCAGCCACAAGAAAAGAGUAUCACACAGGUAAAGCGGUCACUUCUAAAGGAGAUAAAGAGCUCCUGAUUGGAAAGGAGAAAGUCACCUCUUCUGGCACAAGCACCACACAUCGUUCAUGCUCUAAAACCAUUACCAAGACUGUCACAGGUCCUGAUGGUCGCCGAGAAGUGGUCAAAGAAGUGAUCACCUCGGAUGAUGGCUCAGACUGUGGCGAUGCCACCGAGUUAGACAUAUCCCACAGUUUUAGCGGCAGUCUCGACGAACUCUCUGAAAGGCAUCCUGACCUUUCUGGGUUUUUUGACAACCACUUUGGUUUAAUCUCACCUAACUUCAAAGAAUUUGGCAGUAAGACCCAUUCUGAUUCCGACAUCCUCACAAACAUUGAGGACCCCAGCUCCCAUGUACCUGAGUUUUCUUCCAGUAGUAAAACCUCAACUGUCAAAAAACAAGUAACCAAGACCUAUAAAAUGGCAGACGAGGCAGGAAGCGAAGCUCACCGGGAAGGAGAAACUCGCAACACUAAGAGGGGCCGUGCCAGAGCUCGCCCAACGAGAGGUAUCGACACUUAACUUUCGGGAGAUUCCCCUGACACCCCCCCCCCCCCUAGAUUAAGUUAACCAUUACUGCGAAGUGCUUACCAGGCACGCUGCACCCGUUUCCUAACCUCCUUUAGUGUUUUGUUGGAAUCUCAUUUUUUUUUUGGUCAACUUUUCAUGCUAGACUGUACGUUCCUUGGGGGCAGGGACUUGACCAUGUGUCUAUUUCUGUAAUUCCCAAAUGCCUAACAGUGCAGUCAUUUCUCAAUAAAUACAUUUUAAAUAAAUGAACAAAUUCUGCCGAAACUCAGUUCUGAGUCUGUUUAACCGAAUUCAUUCAAAACGUGUGCGAUUGUAAUACCCAACCCCCUAACCUUAAAUUUAGUGUAUGUUGCAGUUGACAUUUAGAUCAGGUUAAAAACUGUGUUCCAUUAGUAUGGACUGAUGAAUGCUUAGCUAGCUUUAAACUAUCAUUUGAGAUUAGCAUGGACACGUAAGAUUUCAAAUCCAUUUGAAGAGAGGUUGCUAAAGGAUGAGUAUCCUUUACCUGCUAAAAAAUUACAUCUCAUUGUAGGUGCAUCCUUUUCGUGUGGGAGGAGGGAAGGAAGGGAGGAAGGAAGACAGGCAGGCAGGCAGACAGACAGGCAGGUAGGCAGUAGCUACUUCAAUCUGGGUGAUGCCUAUCUUUGCAUAUUUAAAUGAGAAUAACUUCCUCCAACCAGCUUAAUUUUUUUUUUUAGACUGUGAUGAUGUCCUCCAAACACAAACUUCAGGUGCCCAAAAUGGCAUUUUCAGUAUCAAGCCACCUGGAUCCAGUAAGGUUUUUUCUGUUUAUUGCGAUCAAGAGACCAGUUUGGGAGGAUGGCUUUUGAUCCAGCAAAGAAUGGAUGGAUCGCUGAAUUUUAACCGGACCUGGCAAGACUACAAGAGAGGUUUCGGCAGCCUGAAUGACAAAGGGGAAGGAGAAUUCUGGCUAGGCAAUGACUACCUCCACUUACUCACUCUGAGGGGCUCAGUUCUCAGGGUUGAAUUAGAGGACUGGGCUGGAAAAGAGGCUUAUGCGGAGUACCACUUCCGGGUAGGCUCUGAGGCAGAGGGCUACGCGCUGCAGGUCUCCUCCUACCGGGGCACUGCUGGAGAUGCUCUGGUGCAGGGCUCUGUGGAGGAGGGGACAGAAUACACCUCACACAGCAACAUGCAGUUCAGUACCUUUGACAGAGAUGCCGACCAAUGGGAAGAGAACUGUGCAGAGGUCUAUGGGGGAGGCUGGUGGUACAACAGCUGUCAGGCCGCCAAUCUCAAUGGCAUUUACUACCCCGGGGGCACCUACGAUCCCAGGAACAACAGCCCCUAUGAGAUAGAGAACGGGGUGGUCUGGGUUCCCUUCAGAGGAGCAGAUUAUUCCCUCAGGGCCGUUCGGAUGAAAAUCAGACCGCUGGUGGGACAAUAGCUGAAGGGUUAGAAAGUGGGGGCUCUGUUUUCUUUGCUCGGUUAUCCGAGAAGAAAGACAAAACGGAAGAUGAAGGUGUCACGGAUCUUGUGAACUUUUUAAAACUUUCAAGGUGCUAUUCCAUUGUUCUUUGUACUGUAGCUAAAUGUAACUGAGAUGAGUUACUGCUUUGAAAAAAUAAAGUUUUACAUUUUUUCCACCCUUUAAAAAAAAAAAA